UCAUUUGCAUUCACUAUCUAUUUUCACUACACAUAAGACACGAAUGUUAGUCUCGAAAAAAUAAGCUACACAUUUACAAAGUUACUGUGGUUAGAGAUCAUGAACAUGCAAAACAUGGUAAGAUUUCGGGAUGCGCUGUCAAACGCAAAGAACGUGUUGAUAUUAACCGGGAGCGGGAUCUCUGCCGAAUCUGGUAUCCCGACGUUCAGAGGAGCCGGUGGUUUUUGGAGAAAAUACCAGGCGCCAAGUCUAGCCACCCCGGAAGCAUUCGCGACGAAUCCGUCUUUAGUCUGGGAGUUCUAUGAGUACCGCAGAAAAGUAGCAAGCGAGGCAAAACCCAACAAGGCUCACGAGAAGAUAGCAGCUUUCCAAGCUCGUAGCUUUCACGAAGACAGGAACGUUACGAUAGUCACGCAAAAUAUUGACGAACUUCAUCAAAGAGCAGGAACGAAGGAUGUGAUAGAGCUUCACGGCUCGCUGUUCAAAACUCGUUGCACGGUUUGCCAUGAUAUCGAUGUUAAUAAAAAUAUUCCCAUAUGCCCUGCAUUAGAGGGAAAAGGAUUACCAGACCCAAACAUUAUGGUCUCUGAUAUCCCGAUAGAAGAUUUGCCCAGAUGUCGAAAGGGAAAUUGCAAGGGUUUAUUGAGACCACAUAUCGUCUGGUUUGGUGAGAAUUUGGAUGAACAUGUGCUCGAUAAAGUUCAUCUAGCUGUAGAACACUGUGACAUUUGUAUGGUAAUAGGUACAUCAUCCAUCGUAUAUCCGGCGGCAAUGUUUGCACCCCAAGUGGCGCAACGUGGUAUUCCUGUUGCUGAAUUUAACUUGGAGGCAACUCCGGCCACCAAACAUUUCAAGUACCAUUUUCAAGGUCCUUGUACCAUUACCGUGGCAGAAGCAUUGGAACUGUAAAAAGGCUGUAUAUAUGCAAGUAAAACUGCUACUUACGUUUUAACUAAACAUAAUUUGGUAUUUAGUCCAAGUCUGUGCAAGUAAUCCAUCCACAAUCGUUGUUUCGUCGAAAGUUUAUCAUUAGGUCCUUUCACUUCGAUAAUUUUGUGCUUUAAAGAAUAUAUGUAUAAAAAUGUACUAUUUUUUACGAAUAUAUUAUCUAAAUUAA